AUUAUCGCCCUAAUAUUUGUCCUAUUUGCCAUAAUGAAAAUGUACGAAAUACAAUAUCAAACGUUUCAUCAAGUAGCUCUACUGAAGCACAAAAUAUACAAUGUGAUGAAAAUAGACACAACAUAUUAUCUUCGCAAUACGAAGGAAAUGAACAUUAUGAAAUAAAUGAACCUUACAAAAGAAAUGUCCAAGAAUUUAUAAACGAAAUUUUAAAUCCAGACAUUGACGAAGUGGAAACAGAUGAAGAGAAUGAGAUGGAAAUAGAGGAAGAAAUGAGUGAGAAUGGGCAGACAAUAAGCCUACAAAUGUUGUUGCACUUGUAUGAUCGUGCAUGUAAAGCGGAAAUAAAAAAAUUAAGAAUCAAAAGAGAAAUAAUCAAACGGUGGUACAAGUAUGGUGAAAACUUCGAACGUAAACUUACAGAAAUAAUGUCUAGCAAUAGAAUUUCUAAAAAAAAGGCAACAACUAGACUUUAUGAUGAAUUGGAAAGACUUCGAUCAGGUGUUAGUCGGGAUAAUUUAAGAAAACGAACAGAAAAAUCUACAAAA